AUGAGGUGCUUGGGGUACGUGGUGGCGGCACUAGCGGCGGCGGCGGCGGCGCUGCCCAACCCGGGGGAGCUGCCCGACCCAGGGGAGCUGGCGUACGCGCUCGGCGCCGAUGACUGGGACGCUUACCAAGACGCUUGGCUUGCCAAUCAGUAUCUCAAACGGAAUGCCAACGCUCCCGCCGCUACGCGUACUAACUCUGGGUGUGCUCUAAGAGUGAACGGUGACCUGGGGCAACCUCAGCCUGUGUACCUGCGCGGCGACCAGUUCGUGGAGGCCACGGGGACCACGGGGCAAGUGCACCUGCGCGAGGGCGAGGAACUCCUUGUCGCUUGUACCGGCUCUGGCAGGACCAUCGUCCACCCCAACCUUGUUUCUGUAAACCAAGAAGCCCGAGUGUCCUGUGUGCGCGAGAACGUGGUCUCCGGCGUGGGGUGGCUGAGCGCGGACAGCGAGUUCGUCGGGCUGACGUGCUCCUCGAACAGCCAGUACCUGGCGCGCGCCACCGACCAGCGCUGCUACGGCGACAACCUCGUUGUCGAGAUAGGUUUCGAGGUGUCCGGUGUGUGGCGGCCCCUGCUGUGGUCCUGUUUCGACCAGAGCCGGCUGGAGGUGCUGUACGUGCAGUACGAGCAGAAGCCCAACAACGUGGAGCACCAGACCGGAGUGACGCGCCCCGGCUGGUUAGUGGGUGGAAUGUACCCCGGUGUGACGGGCGGCAUUAAUUUCCACUACACGCAGGCCCAGCAAGUGGCCACCAUCGCGCAGCUGGUCGGCCAGGAGCUGGCCGAGAAGUACAUCAGCGUGAACCGCGUGUACCUGGCGCGGGGACACCUGGCCGCCAAGACCGACUACGUGUUCGCCACGGGACAGAGGGCCACGUUCUUCUUCGUCAACGCCGCGCCGCAGUGGCAGCCGUUCAACAAUGGGAACUGGGACUGGCUUGAACAGAACGCCCGUGCGCGCAUCGCCGAGGCCGGGUACAACACCACCGUGUACACGGGCACGUUCGGCGUGGGCGUCGUGCGCGACGCUAACAACACGGCGCACGAGCUGUAUCUGUACACGGACGCCAACAACAACAAGCAGCUGCCCGUACCCCGGUACUUCUACAAGGUGUUCUACGAGCCAUCAUUACGCAGAGGCACAGCUUUCGUCGGCAUCAAUGACGUUUUCGCGUCCGAGGAGGACGUUCGCGCGUGGACGUUCUGCGCCGACCGCUGCCGGGACAACCGCGACUUCGAGUGGCUGCGCUGGCAGCCCGACCGCAUCGAGAUCGGCUACAGCUUCUGCUGCGACGUCGACGACUUCCGCCGGACCGUGCCACAUUUGCCGCCCUUCCAAGUCGAUGGUCUUUUGUUUUAUCGCGCCCGCUGCGCACACGCAGACACGAUGAUCCGUUUAACGGUGGUUAUCCUAGCGCUGGUGGCGGCGGCCGCAGCCCUGCCCGCCGAGCUGCCCGAUCCCGGGGAAUUAGUGUUUGUCCUGAACGAAGACGACUGGGAGGACUACCUGGACGCUUGGCUCGCAAACGAGUACCUAAAGUCGGGGGCCAACAUUACCAGCCACAACGGAGCUCGCAAUGGGUGUACGUUCAGAGUGAACGGAGACCUCGGGCAGCCUCAGCCGGUGUACUUGCGCGGAGGGAACUAUUUGUCCGCCGACGGCAACUCCGGCCAGAUCCGGCUGAGCUCCGGCGAGCAGGUCACCAUCGCCUGCACCGGCUCCGGCCGCACCAUCCAGCACCCCAACAUCGCGACCUCGGGGCUCCAAACAGCUACUGCUACAUGCGCCAGUGACGACCUGGUGAGCGGCAGCGGCUGGCUGAGUGGAAACAGCGCGUUCGGCGGCUUCACCUGCAGCGCCCACUCCUACCACGACACCCUCGGCACCAACAGCAGAUGCUACAAUGAUAACAUACUUAUCCAUUUAAAUGUAAUUUGCAGGGUGGGGUUCAUAGUUGACGGGUGGAUGUAUCCCCUGUACGUGUCCUGCUUCGACCAGCACCGCCUGGAGGUCCUGUACGUGGUGUACGAGCAGACUCCUGCCAACGCCGUCCACCAGACUGGCGUCGCCCGCCCAAGUUGGCUAGUUGGCAGCUGGUUUCCGGGCUUGGCAGUGAACACCGCCUACACGCAAGUCCAGCAGAAGAUCACCAUAGCUAAUGAGAUCGGGCAGGCCCAGGCCGACAAGUACAUCACGGCCACGCAGUUCCUGUCGCGCGGACACUUGGCGGCCAAGUCCGACUACGUGUUCGCCACCGGCCAGCGAGCCACCUUCUGGUUCAUCAACGCCGCUCCGCAGUGGGAACCGUUCAAUAGUGGCAAUUGGAACUGGCUGGAACAGAACGCUCGUGCUCGCAUCGGCGUCGCUGGCUACAAUACAAUCAUUUACACGGGCACGUGGGGCGUGACGCAGCUGCGCGACGAGAACGACGUGCUGCGCGACAUCUACCUGCAUCGCGACGCCAACAACAAUCCGCAGUUACCCGUGCCGCUCUACUACUACAAGGUGAUCUACGAUGAAUCUCGCCGCCUGGGCACCGCGUUCGUGAGCAUCAACAAUCCCUGGUACACGGAAGACGAGGUGCGCGCCCUGACGUUCUGCACGGACCGGUGCCGCAACAACGCCGCCUUCGACUGGGUCGGCUGGCAGCUCGACCGCAUCGACCUGGGCUACAGCUUCUGCUGCGACGUCGACGACUUCAGGAGGACGGUGCCUCACCUGCCGGCGUUCACUGUUAACGGGCUCUUGACAUAA